GGUCGCCGUCACAGCGUUGAAAAGAUGCUGCGAGGUGCCGAGUUUUACGGCAGCAUCCUGCCUUUGUACCUUUUCCUCUGCGUCUGUUCUCUACCGGUACACGACCACAGGACCGCCAAGCAGCUGCAGAGAUGGAGCAACAGUCAUGCCGGUCUGAAGAAGAGGCCAAGUCAUGAACAGGACACACUAAAUGAAGAGUACGAUUUCAAGUCCCCAAAUGACACAGAUUUGUGGAAUCGUCCUCGCUGUGGAGUCCCAGAUUAUCCUACAUUAACGCAGCUCAGCACGACAUACAACAAUGUGAAAAAGAGGAGGGACACCCUGAGUAGACAGCAGCGCAGGAAGCGAUUUGCGCUCUAUGGCAGGCGAUGGGAGAAGACAGACUUAACUUACAAGUACUGGCAUGGGGACAGCUUACCAUUCGAUGGUCCAGGAGGAAUCCUUGCUCACGCCUAUUUCCCCCAGACACAGAGAGAGGGAGAAGUCCACUUUGACUAUGAUGAGCACUGGACAGUGGGCAAUAAUGCUGGCACAGACCUCCUCCAAGUGGCAGCUCAUGAGUUUGGCCAUGUUUUGGGCCUGCAGCACUCCCUUGAGCCCGAUGCUGUGAUGUGCCCAUUCUAUAGUGACGCUUACCCUCUGCAGCUGAGUGAGGAUGACAAAAGGGGCAUUCAGUAUCUAUACGGAUCCCCUCGGCACACGCCGCCUGUGAUGACAGAGACCAAUGAGAUUGAGACUGAACUGCCAAAUGCUUGCAAAACAAACUUUGAUGCUGUAUCCAUGAUCAGGGGAGAGCUCUUCUUCUUUAAGUCUCAAUAUAUUUGGCGAAUACGUGACGGGCAGCUACAAGCUGGCUAUCCAGCUUUAUCAUCACGCCACUGGAAAGGAAUUCCAGAACACAUUGAUGCUGCAUUUGAAGACAAGUCUGGCAACAUCUGGUUCUUCCAAGGUGACAGCUACUGGAUUUUUGAUGCUGAAAGGAAGAUAACAGGGCCAGAUUCAGUGAGACGGCUGGGUCUUCCUGUAACACACAUUGAAGCAGCUUUGAAGUGGGAAGAGGACCAUACUGAGAAAGUCUACUUCUUCAAGUCGAGUUACUACUGGUCCUUCAAUAUUCAGGACAAUCGAAUUAAUGACUUACACCCCCACAGCAUUUACGAGUGGAGGGGAAUGCCCAGCCACAUCGAUGGAGCCUUUUUGGACAGAUAUGGCUAUGCCAAUUUCCUGAGUGGAAUGCACUACUGGAAGUUUGACCCUGUGGCACUGAAGGUACUGGAAGGCUAUCCCCGGAGCAUCGGCAUGGAUUUCUUUGGCUGCUCUGCCUCUCUGUCCAAAUAAGUUACAUCUGCAUUACUUUUACAGAUCAGUUUUUCUGUUAAAUUUCCCAUACAAAACACUCAAGAUGUUUUGGAUAUAUUCAAUCUGAUAGAUUUCAUGAAUUUGACUCUAAAGCAAGUGUCUGUAUUUGCCUUUUGCAGAGCCAGAAAUAUUUCUGUCAGUGUCAGAAUACAAUCUGGAGAAAGCUAGUUAAAAUUGAUAGUGUCAGUUCAAUAAAAACUUCAGAUCCAAGCUUAUAUCCCCCCAUCUCAGCUGACUGCAGGCUUCCCCAACCUUAUAAACAGUACGUUUGCAUAAUGACUAAAACUGGCACCAGUGGCUAACAAUGGGCUGUGAGGUCAGUUUCAUGGUCAUUAUUAUGCAAAUUGGCAUGAUGUUUUGGGAAAAUGCAUCUCAGCUGUUCCAAUACUCAUGACACAUAAGGGUUCACUAAGGGUUUUUGCUUAGGCAGCAGUUGUCUGUCUUCUCUCCUGGAUUGGCUGGAGCUUUCUUUAGGUGCCUUCCCAGCUUUGACAAAUGUCCAGCUGAGAUAACCACAUUUACUCAGGGCCUUCUUGAUGUCAUGUUCGUCUGUUUCCCAGGCCCGUCUUUGUAAAUGGUAUCAUGGCUAUUGAUCAAUGAUGAAAGAAGUCACUUGGAAGAUGAACAAAACUCCCACUGAAAAUUCUACAUCCAGAUAAACAGAAUUAACUUUCUGGAACUGCUUAAAAUAAUAACUCAUAGUACUCAUGCACUGAGUAUUCAAAACCCACACACUCAUAAACUGUUCUUUUGAGUGUUUGACUAGUUUUAAUUAAGGGAUUAAGGCAAACACUUUCUCACAUUAGUCUGGCAUUAUUGAUGAGUUGCGUCAGUGGUAGAAACAAACAAACAACAACAACAAAAAAUGUGUAGUUUUGAUUUGAUUGAAAUUUUCAAACUCACUUUCAAGGUUAUUUACACGCUUUAAAAAUAUUUAAGAGUAUUCUCCUAUUGUGUUAGCUGUUCAUUAACCAUACACACCUACUGGAGCCACCGACUAUAUUGUUUGUUGGCUUACAACCACAGAUUGCGUCUAAAAAUGAUAGAUAUAGCUUCCUGGUUUGAAGAGGGAAGUCAGUGUGGAUGUGCCUGAAUCCUAAAUUCUACUCCAAUGUUCAGCAGGGAGCAACUCCUCUGCUUGCAGAGCCAUUUUUUUGCCAUUUGAUAGCAACAGUGGAGACAGAUAGGAAAGCAAAGAGAGAGAGGGUGGAAGACAUGCAGCAAAGAGUCCCAGGUCAGAUUCAAACCUGGGCCACUGUAUUCUGGUCAUGUGGUAUAUAUGUGUAUAUCUGACCAUGUAUGUUUAGGGAUGGCUACAUCUCGGGAGGUAGAGCAGGUAAUCUACUAAUUGGAAAAGUGGUUAUAAGAUGUGGUUAUAGCUGUGCUAAUAGAAUAGCUCUACAGAUGGCAGGUUCAAGUAUCUCACCAAAUGCUGCAUGGAUUGUACAGAGGACUGGCCACUACAAGUUCUGAUAUGUCUUUUUUUAAAAUAAAUUUUUCUCUGAGUAGAAUAAAAAAUUAAUAAAAAUGUAAAGGUUUUCCUAAGUAGUAACUUCAACCACAGUUUAGUUCUGAGAAAAACUGCUUUAACUAAAUUCCCCCUCAGCUGUCCCCAAAUGUGUGUUGGCAUUGUGUAUAUAAACAUGUACAAAUCCAGUUUUACAGAACUGUGAAAAAUGUAAAUGAAAACAGAGAAUUAUGAUUUGCAAAUAUCAAAUACAUUUGCAAAUAAACCCAGAAAUGAUUCAAAGUAGAAGAUACAAAACAUGGUUAAACUGAGAAAAUGUACCAUUUUAAGAAAUAGGUAUUUUUAAUGGGAGCAACACAUCUCAGAAAACUUAGGGGCAUAAUUACAUCUGUGUAGUGUCCCUUCCUCUUUUCACUACAUUCUGUAAAUGUGUGGGAGCUGAGGAGAGCAGAACGUGGUCCCGUUCUUGUCUCAUAGAGGAUUAUAGCUGCUCAGCAGUCCUGGGUCUUCUUUGCCAUAUACUUCAUGAUGCUCCCAAUGUUCUCAGUUGGUGAAAAGCCUCGACUGCAGGUGUGCCAGUUCGACAUCUGCAGUCUUCUACCACGAUGCUGCUGAAACAGAUACUGUAUGUGGUUCAGCAUUUUCUUACUGAAACAUGCAAGGCCUUCCCUGAAAAACACGUAAUCUUGGUGGAGCACACGUUACUCUAAAACCUUGAUAUAUGCUUGAUAAAGCAUUUCCAGCUGUGCAAGAUGCCAAUUUCAUAGGGACUGAUACACAUCUAGACCAUCAGAUAUGCAGGCUUUCAACUGAAAAAAAGCUUGAUAUUCCUCCUUCCUCUUUAGCUCAGAGGACAUGACGUAUGUUCAUGUUUCCAAAAACGUAUUUCAAAGUGUUCUGAAUUUUUUCACUUUACCUCAGUCCAUUUUAUCUUAGCUUUGGUACUUUAGGGUCACGCUCACAUAUGAUUCCUUCUUCGCACAACAGAUAAUUAACUUACUGAAAAUGAUGAGAUAUUCAAAGUUUUACACUGACAAUAUCUAUUCUGAAAUUGUUCCACAACUUGAAGACUUUUUUUUGUAGAUAGACGAACCUCUGACCAUGUUUACUUGCAGCUCCAAGAUGCUUCUUUUACACUCAGUCAUGUUUGUAACCUGUUCCCAAUUAACCCAGCUAAUUUUUUUUAAAACCACUUACUUUUCCAGCGUUUUGUUGCCCGUCCCACCCUUUUGAGACAUGUUUUUGGCAUCAAACUCAAAAUGAGCCAACAUUCUUACAGAGGUACAUUUUCUGAGUUUAAAGGGCUGAUAUGUCCUAUAUUGUAUUGCAAAUAAAAAUAUGGGUUUGUAAGAUGUAUAAAUCAUUACUUUCUGUUUUAUUUAGAUUUAACACAAUAUCCUGACCUUUUGGAAUUGGCUUUGUACAUACAUGUGUAUGACUGGCCCUGAGAAACUGGGUUAGUGGUUUUACUGCUUCACUCUCCUUUGACCUCAUCCACGGGCCAUUUAGCCCCUCGGAAAAUGAAUCAGGACCAGCCAGGAAAUGAUGCAUUACUAUAAUAAUGUAAUUGUUCACAAAAGCAAUUUCUAGCCUUUUAUUCAGCUUGAGCAGAGGUAAACUGUUGUUCUGGUGCUGGCCUGAUGUGAGAAACGAUUGGUUUGCUUUUGCAUUGUGUGGCACUGACAGCCUGUGUUGCAAAUCCCGUUUAUCCAUUUUAUUUUUUUUUUAACUAAACUAAAUAGUAUCCAGAAUAAAUGAAGCUUUGUGGUUAAUCUUAGAUUUUUAAGGUGCUACUUAAGGUUCUGUAGACAAGACAGACACAUGCCUCACAUCUGCUCUUUUCAGUGUUAAGGUUGUCUGCUGAUUCCUCAGAAAACCACUGAGUGAAUUUUUUUAAAAACAUAAACAAACGUAAACAAAACAAAAAGUCUCUGUGAUAUAAACUGUGGUUCACUUACAGUAAUGCAUAUUUUUUAUGGAUAUUACAUAUUUUAGUUUGUAUUCAGUACUGUUUGCUAUUUUUUGUAAUAAACAGUGCAGGACACUGAGGAUUGCAAUGAUUUGUAAAAUACACUGGUGUGCUUGCAAAAAAACAGCAGUCCAUCGUAGCAUGGACAGUUAGCUGUAAUUUUAAUCAUUGCAUAUGUGCCUUUUAUAUAAACUCUCUGUUUACCAUUAUAUUCAGGGGUAUUUCAUGUGAA